AUGUUUUUUGAAAUUGUUCUAUCACAAUUUAUUUCAUUAUCUAAUUCCAAUGGUCUUUUCUUCAUUGGACUAUUGCCAGUUGAUGUGGAUGCAGCUGCAGAACUAUUUCUUGAUACUGGCUUUCAAAAUUUCUUGGUUUUUGAUAAUGGUGAUGGGGCUGAUGGUGAUGGUGAUGGUGAUGCUCGACUUGAUUCGGAUUUAUUAAAUGGAUAA